AUGAUUCCUGAGUACUCAGCAUCUACGGGUGAGCUCCUUCGUUGUCUCUCUGACUUCCCGUGUCACCAUUGUGUCAAACUGAAGGAUUUAUCGUCCAAUCAGAUCGUCCUGUGGUUCAGAAACGUAGACAGAGCACUGCUGGUCCAAGGCUGGCAGGACCAGGUCUUCACCAGUCCUGCCAGUCUGGUCUUUGUGUACCUGCUGUGCUGGGCAGCGGUAGACAAGGACAUGUCUUUGGAGCAGGAGCUGCACACAGUCUUCCACAUCUGUCUCUACCUGAGCUACUCGUAGCUGGGCAGCGAGAUCUCCUACCCGCUCAAACCCUGCCUGCUGGAAUCCAGCCCCGAUGCAUUCUGGGAGAGAGCGCUGCAGCUGAUCAACAGGCUGAGCCCCGACAUGCUGCGGAUCAACGCUGAGCCGCACUUCUUCACCAAAGUGUUUCAGGAUCUGAAAAAAGAGGGACGAGAGAGAGAGAACUGA